AUGAACUGGCAGUUCCAGGCCACCUGUCUUUUCCCACUGUUCCUGGUUGGCUUCUGUCAGGAGAUCCUAAAGCCACAAAUGGUGAAGAUGGAUUGCAACAAAGGGGUGACUGGCACCAUCUAUGAGUAUGGAGCCCUCACUCUCAGUGGUGAUGAGUACAUCCAGUUCAAAAACUAUGCUGGCAAGCAUGUCCUCUUUGUCAACGUGGCCACUUAUUGUGGCUUGACAGCUCAAUAUCCUGAACUGAAUGCACUUCAGGAGGAGCUGAAGCAUUUAAAUGUCAUUGUGUUGGGCUUUCCUUGUAAUCAAUUUGGAAAACAAGAACCAGGAAAAAACUCAGAGAUUCUCUCUGGGCUCAAGUAUGUGCGUCCAGGUGGUGGCUUUGUCCCCAAUUUUCAGCUCUUUGAGAAAGGGGAUGUAAAUGGAGAAAAAGAACAGGAGGUCUUUACAUUCCUCAAGAAUUCCUGCCCUCCAACCUCUGAACUUUUGGGUUCUUCAAAACAACUCUUCUGGGAGCCCAUGAAGGUCCAUGAUAUCCGCUGGAAUUUUGAGAAGUUCCUGGUGGGGCCUGAUGGAGUCCCUGUCAUGCGCUGGUUCCACCAGAUUCCAGUCAGUACAGUCAAAUCGGACAUCCUGGAAUACCUAAAGCCGUUUGAUACCCAGUAG